CCCAUGGAGUCACGGACGGCCUCUCGCAGAUCAUCGUCGUCUUCGGAUUCAUCACCGGUCAAACGCUCCGGUCUUAGUUUCUGCGUGUUUUUUGGUCGAAUAAUUGCUCGGUCUCUUUCGCUUCUCGUCGUCCUUUCAGUCACAGGUGUAUACAAAGUUUUGUAGAAGAAUAAAACAUCAUGGGUGUGAAACAAGUUAUAAAGAACCUUGAUGCCUUUCCGCGUGCAGAAGAGCAUCUACUGCAAAAAACACAAUCCGGUGCUGUUGUUUCAAUUGCAGGUUUGUUGAUAAUGGCAACGUUAUUUGUGCAUGAGCUGACGUACUACAUUUCUACAUAUACAGUUCACGAGAUGGCUGUUGAUUUGAAACGUGGAGAAACACUACCGAUCCAUAUAAAUAUGUCAUUCCCUUCUUUACCCUGUCAAGUUUUGAGCGUAGACGCUAUUGAUAUGUCUGGCAAACACGAAGUGGAUUUAGAUACAAAUAUAUGGAAGCUUCGAUUGAGUAGAGAAGGGGUGAUCAUCGGGACAGAGUAUCUAUCUGAUCUAGUAGAAAAGGGGCAUACGACUCAUAAGCAUGAAAAUGAGACAGAUCAUCACGAGGAUUCGGACAAAAAAUUUCAUCUGGAAAAAUUUGAUGAUGAGGCCGAUACUAUGAUUAAGAAGGUCAAGCAAGCAUUGGCUAGUGGAGAAGGAUGUCGGGUUUAUGGGGUGUUGGAUGUUCAAAGAGUUGCUGGAAACUUCCAUAUUUCAGUUCAUGGUUUGAACAUUUUUGUUGCACAAAUGAUUUUUGAAGGGGCUAGUCGUGUCAAUGUCAGCCAUGUGAUUCAUGAUUUGUCUUUUGGGCCAAAGUAUCCAGGACUCCAUAAUCCCCUUGAUGACACUGAAAGAAUUCUCCACGCUGCCAGCGGAACAUUUAAAUACUACAUAAAGAUUGUUCCAACUGAAUAUAAAUAUAUAUCAAAAGAAGUUUUACCGACCAAUCAGUUCUCCGUUACCGAGUACUUCUCCCCUAUGAAUGAAUUUGACAGGACAUGGCCAGCUGUUUACUUUUUAUAUGAUCUUUCACCAAUUACUGUUGCCAUCAAAGAAGAACGACGCAGUUUUCUCCACUUCAUAACUCGGUUAUGCGCAGUGCUUGGUGGUACAUUUGCUUUAACAGGAAUGCUUGAUCGAUGGAUGUAUAGAUUCCUGGAGUCAGUGAUGAAAUCCAACCCCAGGCGUUCGAUGCGGUAAAAUUUGGCACAAAUCUGAAGCAAGCUUCAUAUCACAAAAUAUAUGGUUGUCAUUUUGCCAUAUUUAGUACAUGUUUAUCUUUUUGUUAAGCCAUAUUUUUGUUGGUAAAAAUGUAUUAUUCAACUACAAGUCAGUUGCUUAACCAAAUCAACAAUUUUUUGAAGUUGGAUUCACAUUUCACACCAUUGUUUCGAUUAGAGAUGGGAAAACCGCGAUUAUAACGGAUUCGAGUCUCUUGUUCGAUCCCUAGCCCAUAAUAUGUAGUUGAUAUAGAUCGAGUAUUUCAAGUCGUUUGUUAAGUUUGA